ACAAGAGACGCUGUGAUUGGACGAAGCACGACAUUGGCUCCUGCGACGUGACGUCAGCAGGAAGCCUGUCCUCCCGGUGAAGCCGCCCCGGACUCAGCCUGAACAUGGCGUCGAGAGGUACGUCAGAGACCGGUAAACUCCGGCAGAACCUGGAGGAACAGCUGGAUCGCCUAAUGCAGCAGCUCCAAGACCUGGAGGAGUGCAGGGAAGAGUUGGACGCUGACGAGUACGAGGAAACCAAGAAAGAAACUUUAGAGCAACUAAGUGAAUUCAAUGACUCUCUGAAGAAGAUUAUGUCGGGGAAUAUGACUCUGGUGGAUGAGCUGAGCGGGAUGCAGCUGGCCAUUCAAGCAGCGAUCAGCCAGGCCUUCAAGACCCCGGAGGUCAUCCGGAUGUUUGCCAAAAAGCAGCCGGGGCAGCUGAGGACGCGGUUAGGAGAGAUGGACCGGGAUUUAAUGGUCGGUAAACUUGGAAGAGACCUCUAUACUCAGCAGAAAGGGGAGAUCCUGACCGCUCUGAGAAAACUCGGAGAAAAGUUGACGCCAGAGGAGGAGGCUUUCCUCGCAGAGAAUGCGGGCGCUGCGCUCAGCCAGUUUCAGAAGGUCUCGGAAGGAUUAGGAUCGGGAGAUAAGGUUUUGGCCCUGGCAAGUCUGGAGGUGGGAAGCACAAAGAAGUGAAAACACGGGGCACACCAGACAGAACUUUCACCAUGAUUAUGUUGCUUUGUUGAGCCCAGAUGCCAUUCAUCAGUGAUUGUCAAACUUCGGUCCCCAAGCACUCCAGAAGGUCCUCUGCCAUCUGUUCUACC